UUUGCGCGCACCAGAUUGCGAUUUUCCUCCAGGUUCAUGUUAAUGGGCGAAAGAUUAUAGCUGCCGGAUGCAGUUGGAAAACUCGAGCCUAAACAGAGGCUGCGCUAUUGAGAGGUGCUGUGACUGAGAUUCCUGUUAGCAGUUUUUAUACUGCAGGUGUUUGGGAGGCUCUAUAUGCGGGAGCUUAAAAAUAAAGCAUACUGGAAGAAAGCUGUCAAUCUACACUCAGUGAGAGGGGAAACAUGCCUAAAUUCCAAGAAGCCACAAAAAGUGUUACAAACACUUUAGCAGCAGUCUGCACUGAGUCACCGAUCGCAGGAAGAUACCAGGUACAAGAGAAACUUGGGAGAGGCGGUUUUGGGAUGGUUUAUCUCGUACUGGAUAAGAAAUCCCGAAAAGGAGAAGAGCUGAAAGUGUUAAAGGAGAUAUCUGUUGGAGAUCUGCAACCCAAUGAUACUGUACAGGCCAAUCUGGAGGCACAGCUGCUGUCUAAACUUGACCAUCCAGCAAUUGUUAAAUUCUACAACAGUUUUGUGGAGCAAUGUAGUUUCUGCAUCAUUACCGAGUAUUGUGAGGGUGGAGAUUUGCAGUGUCGAAUUGAGGAGUAUAGAAGGGCUGGUUGGACAUUUGCUGAGAACCAGGCCAUCGAAUGGUUUGUUCAGCUACUUCUGGGAGCCCAGUACAUGCAUGAGAGAAGAAUACUUCACAGAGAUCUGAAAAGCAACAACAUCUUCUUGAAAAAUAAUCUUGUAAAAAUAGGAGACUUUGGAGUUUCACGCCUCCUGAUGGGUUCAUGUGACCUGGCAACGACUUUCACUGGAACGCCUUACUAUAUGAGUCCAGAGGUCCUCAGUCACCAGGGUUACGAUUCCAAGUCUGACAUAUGGUCAUUGGCGUGCAUUUUAUAUGAAAUAUGCUGCUUGGAUCAUGCGUUCACUGGUCAUAACUUCAUGUCAGUUGUCCUGAAAAUCGUGGAUGGUGAGACUCCGUCAUUGCCUGACAGCUAUUCCAGUGAGCUUAAUGCAGUCAUGACAAGCAUGUUGGAAAAGGAUCCAUCACAUCGCCCGACAGCUACAGAAAUUCUCAAAAUUCCAUACGUUGAUCAGCAGCUCCAGGAUAUCAAAUGCAAGUUUUCAAAUAUUACCAUGAAGGACAGGACAAUAACCUCUCAGGAAGAAGCUCUUCAAAUCAGGAAUGCUUUGCAGAAAAAAAUCCAUCUGCAGACACUACGCGAGCAGUCUGAGGUGCAGAAAAUGACACCAAGAGAGAGGAUGAGGCUCCGGAAAUUGCAGAGCGCAGACGAGAAAGCCAAGAAACUUAAGCAACUCGCUGAGGAGAAGUAUCAGGAGAAUCAUCAACGCAUGCAGAAACUGAGGUUUCGUAACUUUCAGCAAGUCGGUAUUGAUGUCUUGCAUGAAUGCAGUGAACGGAGUCCACCACGUAUGAACCAGACACAGCCAGUGAGUGCUCAAGAUUUCCGAUCACUAGGCCAGCUGGAACCCAAAGGAAGGAUGAUUUCUGACAGACUGUGCAUGUCUGAGCCAGCUGACCAUGGUAAGAAAAUUCAGCUUCUUGACAGCUGUGCGUUUCCAGUAAGCAAAGAGAUCCCCGAAGAUCCAGAAACAGCUGAAGAAUUUUAUCAUGAAGAUGAUUUUGAAUCUUGCUCUGAUGAAAAUCUAGAGAUGAGAGAAUCAGAGGAGGAAACAGAAUUCACCACUCUCCAAACCUAUGAGCAGGCAAGUAGUGACACAGAUGUUGAGGCUCUGGUACGAUGCAUGGAGGAUGUCCUAGACGGCAGAUCAUUAAGUGAACACAAGUCAGGUGUCUUAGUCUCAACUGGAGUACCGUCAUUGCCCCAGAAACCUACAGCUCUGAACAGCACCAUGGCAAAGACCAAGAUGAACCGCAUGAGGGAGGCAGCCAUUCAGAAACUGGAAGCUGAUGUGUUUCAGAGGGUUUAUGACUACCUGAAAAUGGCGAGGAGGCAGAAUGUCAAGGAGGCAGAGGUCAAGGGGCACUUGGAGAAGUUGGGUGCCAAGCCAAGCGACUGCUUUGAAGUUGACCAACUUCUCUACUUUGAGGAACAACUGCAGGCCUCUGUGGCUGAAGCUAAGCAUUGA